UUGUGCCAAACCAAAUUUAAAAACUCACGUCUAGGUAGCUCCUCUCUUAUCACUAAAAUGGAGAAAACAAGAUCCUUAGAUCAAGUUGUUCUCAACCUUGACCAACAACAACACAACCCUAAACCACCUUCCACCAUGGACACCGAAACUCAUCAUGAAAAUCCCAACCACCUCUCAAAUAUUAAAACUCUAAACCGUCUCAACUUCUCCAAACCCAAAUCAAGAGUCCUUGAAUACAACCAUCCACAUCUCAACAAACUACAUACCUCCCAAGAAGACACUACUCAAUUACCAUCCUAUAAGGUCUCUUCCGACGAGGACGAAGACGACGACUAUAAAUGGAAGGAAGAAGAAACCGAUGAAGACGACGACGACGACGAUGUUUCCCACGAUCCAAAGUUACAUAACAAAAAAAGAAAAUUUAGGGUUAAAUGGAGGCUAGUUUUUGAAUGGAUACUAUUUUUAAACAUAUUAACAUGUUUGGUUUGUUCUCUCAUAAUAAAAAACAUAAAAAACAUGCAUUUAUUAGGGUUAGAGAUUUGGAGGUGGUGUUUAAUGGCAAUGGUAACAUUUAGUGGGCGUUUAUUUUCGGGUUGGUUAGUUAGUUUCACCGUUUUAAUCAUCGAAAGAAAUUUCAUGCUAAGAGAAAAAGUUUUAUAUUUUAUCUACGGUUUAAGAAAUAGUAUACGUAAUUGUUUAUGGUUAAGUCUUGUUUUACUCUCUUAUUGGAGUGUUGUUUUUGAUGAUGUCCAAAAGAAAAACCACAAGUUCCUUAACAAAGUGUUUCAAGCACUUGUUGCGGUUUUAGUUGGUGCAACCAUUUGGUUAGUAAAAAUUGUUUUAGUCAAAAUGUUGGCUUCUUCAUUUCAUGUGACAACAUAUUUUGAUAGAAUGAAAGAGAGUGUUUUUCAUCAUUAUGUUUUGGAUGCAUUGUCGGGACCAGCAAUGGAAGAUUGUGAAAAGAUAUUGAAUGAACAUGUUUUAAAGGGUUCGAAAUCGAUGCCGGCGGCCGGAACGGCGAGGUGGAAGAAGAAGAUGAAGAAUGUGAAGAGAUUUGGUUCAAGGAGGAUUGAUAUGGAGAAGUUGAAGAAACUUAGUAUGGAGAGUAGUGUUUCAGCUUGGAGUGUUAAAAGGCUUGUUAAUUAUGUUAGGUAUUCGGGUUUGUCAACUAUUUCUAAAACGGUUAAUGAUUUUGGUAAUGGUGAGAAUGAGAUUAGUAGUGAAUGGGAAGCAAGAAGUUGUGCUCAAAAGAUUUUCAACAAUGUUGCUAAACCGGGUGCCAAGUAUAUUGAAGAGGUGGAUCUGAUGAGAUUUUUGAAGAGGGUUGAGAUACAUACCAUAUUUCCACUCUUUGAAGGUGCUCUUGAAACUGGCAAGAUAAGCAGGUCUUCCUUUAGAAAUUGGGUGAUUCGAGCUUAUUAUGAACGAAAAGUUCUAGCACAAUCAUUGAAUGAUACGAAAACAGCAGUGCAACAACUUCACAAACUAGCAAGUGGUGUUGUGAGUGUAAUAAUAAUAAUUGUGACCCUUUUGGUGAUGGAAGUGGCGACACUAAAGAUUAUAUUGUUCUGUAUCACACAAACUGUUUUAAUUGGGGUUGCAUUCCAAGGCACUUGCAAAACUGUUUUGGAAGCCAUCAUCUUUGUCUUCAUCAUGCACCCUUUUGAUAUUGGAGACCGAUGUGUCAUUGAUGGUAUUCAGAUGAUUGUGGAAGAAAUGAAUAUAUUGACAACAGUGUUUCUUCGAUAUGACAAUGAGAAAAUAUACUAUCCUAAUGCAGUCUUGCUAUCCAAGCCAAUAAGCAAUUUUUAUAGAAGUCCAGAGAUGUGUGAUGCAAUUGAUUUCACCAUCGAUGUGUCAACUCCUAUUGAGACUAUCAUUGCUCUCAAGAAAUCAAUACAAAUGUACAUUGAGAGCAAGCCAAAGUACUGGAAUCCAAAGCACAGUGUGAUGGCAAAACAAAUAGAUAAUGUGCACACAUUAAAGCUAUGUUUAUGUGUUCAACACACCAUUAACCAUCAAAACUAUGGUGAGCGAAGCACUAGGAUAUCAGAACUCCUAUUGGAAUUGAAAAAGAUAUUUGAAGUCCAUGGUAUCAAGUACCAUCUUCUUCCUCAAGAAAUUCAUCUCACUCAAAUGAAUGUUGGAAAUGGGAGAGUUCUGUUUUAAUCAUCAAAUAAACUUAGGAGCAGCUUCAUUUGUAAAAAUAUUUUUUAUUUUUAUUUUUAAAAAUUUGUGUUAAUUUGAUCCGUUAAUAAGGAGAUAAUAGACUUUUGAAGUGAACAACUAUGUACAUUUUUAGAAGUAAUGAAAAUGUCACAAAAUUAUUUUCAUUAUUUUUAAAAAUAUAUCUUCGUUAACUAAAAUUUCAUAUUAUCUUUGUGAUAAUUGUUUACUUCAAAAGUCUCCGGUCAAGGUAAAAUUAGCACAAUUUGAAAAAUAGAAAUUGAAAAUAUUUUCACAAAAUAAACAACUCUUUAUUUUUCAUUUCAUUUUUUUUUUGUUUAUAGAUCAAUGAAUUUCCAUAUUAAUCAUCGAAUCGAAAACAUUUAAAUUAUAUAUCUUGUUCAAACUUCAUCUCUCAUAAGCUUGGAUUAAUUUGCACUUAA